AUGGCUGAUUCUGCUGCUAACGAGGCCCCUGCUUCUGCCCCUGCUGCUGAAUGCCAGGGUACACCAAAGCGCAAUCUUAACACUCAACAACGUCUGUUUGGAGCCGAUGAUGCCAAGCCAACGCCUAAAAGAAACACACCAACUUAUAAGUCAUCCAUCUUCUCUGAAGAAACUCCAGCUUCACCUCAACGAACCCCAAAGAGAACAAUCCCAACUCUUGGUGAGUUUUUAACAUCAAAUUUUCUGUUUGGCAUCAUGCUCAACAAAAACAUUCUCAUUCAACCCAUCAAGCUGAAAUAUUAG